AUGGCAUUGUUGCAAAUAUUUGGUGAAACUAACCAUAACUUUGAAGUUCCCGGGAAAGUUCUUCCUAACAAAGUAUUUGCACACGAUGGUUCCGAGGGAGAGGAACCAGAGCAGCAGACUGCGAUAUGGCCCAGGUGAGGUGAUGGAUUCUGCUUUCGGUUCUUUGCCUAUCGGAUAAGCUAAUAAUGUUUUAUUUGAAAACAUGUAUAACUUCUUAACCAUAGCGGUUACAUGGUGAAAAUAGAGAGACAUGUCAAGCAAGGUUUUUUUUAUGUGGGAACGCCUUCAAGAAUGUUGGAAAAGCAUUCCAGGGGAAGCUGGUUGAGAGAAUGCCAACAGUGUGCAAAGCUGUCAUUUAAUAUAUAUAUAUAUAUAUAUAUAUAUAAUUUUUUUAAAACCUUUAUUUAACUAGGCAAGUCAGUUAAGAACAAAUUGUUAUUUACAAUGAGGGCCUACACCGGCCAAACCCAGACGACGCUGUGGCCCUAUGGGACUCCCAAUCAUGGCAGGUUGUGAUACAGCCUGGAAUCGAACCAGGGGGUCUGUAGUGACGCCUCGAGCACUGAGAUGCAGUGCCUUAGACCGCUGCGCCACUUAAGGCAAAGGGUGGCUAUUUGAAGAAUCUCAAAUAUAAAAUAUAUUUUGAUUUGUUUAACACUUUUUUGGUUACUACAUGAUUCCAUAUGUGUUAUUUCAUAUUUUGAUGUCUUUACUAUUAUUGUACAAUGUAAAAAAUAGUAAAAAUAAAGAAAAACCCUUGAAUGAGUAGGUGUGUCCAAAAUUUUGCCUGGUAGUGUAUAUAUACAUAAAUCAUAUCAAAUUCCUUAUAUUAAGCAAACCAGAUGGCACAAUUUUCUUGUUAUUUUAAUUUAAGGAUAGCUAGGGGCAGACUCCAACACUCAGGCAUAAUUUACAACCGAAGCAUGUGUGUUUAGAUGACACCAGAUCAGAGGCAGUAGGGAUGACCAGGGAUGUUCUCUUGAUAAGUGUGUGAAUUGGACCAUUUUCCUGUCCUGCUAAGCAUUCAAAAUGUAACGAGUACUUUUGGGUGUCAGGGAAAAUGUAUGGAGUAAAAAGUAUGUUAUUUUCUUUAGGAAUGCAGUAAAGUAAAAGUUGUCAAAAUAUAAGUAGUUAAGUACAGAUACCCCAAAAAAUGACUUAAGUAGUAGUUUAAAGUAUUUUUACUUAAGUACUAUACACCACGGUAGGCUGAUAUCUUCGGUUCAAUACGUGUUUCGGUAGCCUGGUCCCAGAUCUGUUUGUGCGGUCAUGUCAACUCCUUGUAAUACCAGUGACAAUGUGUGACAAGGAGUUGACAGGAUAGCACAAACCUAUCUGGGACCAGGCUAGAGUUUCUGUGCGUUCACAACAUUCACAAUGGUUGUAGAUGCUCCAGUGUGAAAGUAGAUUUAGAUCUUGGUCACACUUUCAAUUCAUUUGCACAUAUUUGUAGUGUUUUACUGCUCUAAGUAACUUAACAGAAGCAUCUAAUAUUAAACUAGAUUCCUGUUAGCUUGCUCUGUCUACUGAAACUUUUAUCCAACACUGGUGGCUUCAUUAAGGCACUUCACUUGAUGUAGUCAGAAAUAGCUCAGUUGGUAGAGCAUGGCGCUUGCAACGCCAGGGUUGUGGGUUCGAUUCCCACGGGGGGCCAGUAUGAAAACUGUAUGCAAUCGCUCUGGAUAAGAGCGUCUGCUAAAUGACUAGAAAAUGUAAAAAUUACAAAAUAAUCUCGGAUUCGAUAAUUUUUUUAAACACCCUGUAACUACUUCCUACGGCUAUACUCUGUAUCAUCUCACGAUCUGCAUUAUUCUCUCUUCAGUAGCAGGCGUAAAAUAAACUCAGACCGGACAAGUAGAUUACCAAUGGAUUAUGGUAAUUGUAGUUAAUUACCAAAUUUAAAUGCGCUAAACUAUGUAGAAUAUUGGCCUGUUGGAAACUACAACUCCCUACUACAUCGCAAAGGUCAGGCUGGAGCUUUAUCUCUAGAGAAACUAUGCAUGUGCGCAUUGAGGUCACAGAAAAAAACUGAACGAAAUGGAAUUCAAAUCAUUGAACCGAUGUCGGUCAAUAAAUUGUUUAAAAACUGGAAAGAAACUGACAUUUUGGUUAAUCGCUCAGCACUACUGAUACAUGAUGUUCUGUAAGUGAUGCAAUUAUGAUAGGCCAAUUAUCUGUGGUAUUUACAUAUAGUGUAAUGUAGAUUAUCAGUAUUAUCAUCAUUACCUCUCCCUCUCUUUCUUGCUAUUUGCCUCCAGGCCAUUGGCUCAAAAGUGGACGGUGAUGCUCUUCUUGGGCACGUGUCUCCUCUACUGUGCCAGGAUGGCCAUGCCAAUCUGUGCUGUCAACAUGGCCACCACGUUUGGCUGGAGCAAGACGCAGUCGGGUGUGGUAAUGGGGGGCUUCUUCUGGGGUUACUGCUUCACUCAGGUGCUGGGAGGUUACGCCAGCGACAGGUGGGUCAACCUCCGGUGGUCUGAAUGAGAGAAACAAUGCAUACCGAUUGGGAUUUGUAUUGUUUGGUCUUGAGUGAUUGCCUGUUACAUAAUGUCCAUGUUAGAAGCUGGAAGUCACCUUUCUUGUGUGCUGUGAAGACUGCUCUGACUCUGCUCAUGAUUGUUUGUUUUGCCAGAAUUGGUGGAGAACGGGUCCUGCUUCUUGCCACUACGUCCUGGGCUUCCAUUACAGCAUGCACCCCUCUGUUGGCGCGACUGGGCAUCAGUCCCCUCACCUCCAUGACGGUGGCCAGAUUCCUUAUGGGGCUAUUACAAGGUGAGAGGGUGGAAACAAGAGUUUCGCACAUGAAACUUCAGCCACAGUCUCCACCCUCUUUCUUCUCUUUUAGAAUGGUUUGGUAACUUUGAUAACAUGUGCGCAGUGAUCUAAGGCACUGCAUCGCAGUGCUAGCUGUGCCACUAGAGAUCCUGGUUCGAAUCCAGGCUCUGUCGCAGCCGGCCGCGACUGGGAGACUCAUGGGCGGCGCACAAUUGGCCUAGCGUUGUCCAGGGUAGGGGAGGGAAUGGCCGGCAGGGAUGUAGCUCAGUUGAUAGAGCAUGGCGUUUGCAACGCCAGGGUUGUGGGUUUGAUUCCCACGGGGGACCAGUUUGAAAAAAUAUAUAUAUAUAUUACAAAAAAGAAUAUAUAUGUAUUCACUAACUGUAAGUCGCUCUGGAUAAGAGCGUCUGCUAAAUGACUAAAAUGUAAAAUGUAAAUAACAUCUGCUUUCCCUCAGGCGUCCACUACCCCUCUUUAGCCAGUCUUUGCUCCCAACGUGUGGUUGAAGUGGAGAGAGGCUUUCUGAUGAGUACAAUGGGCAGUGGCUCUUAUAUGGGGUAAGUUAUACAUGUAACAAACAUACACAGGUCUCUAAUUAUACCAACAUCCAUCUCUGAUUUAUAAUUGAAUCAUAAAUAGCUUUAUCUCAAAUACGUUCUAAGGAAAUGCUUCUUCCUCAUUGUGCUUCUAUGCUUGUGAGUCAGAACACUGAUGGUGGGGGGACUGGGGUCCGUGAUGUUGGAACGCUACGACUGGGAGAGUGUGUUCUACGGCGUUGGUCUGCUCUCGGGACUGUGGUCAUUGACUGUGUGGAGAUUUCUACUGAGAGGUACUCUAUGGUAGCAAUAUAAUAAUCUAUAGAAUUGGUGCUUUGUGCAUAAAUAUAUUUAGUUUUAAAGUAUCAGAACAUUUGAAUGGAUGUGUUGUAUGUAAUAGUUGUUUCACUGAAUUAAGUGGUUGUUCUAGGUUCCAGGUUUCAUAUGAGGUAGGCUGCUAUAAUAUUUCAUACUAAUGUAAUAUAUUUCUAGUUUGAAAGUAUCUACAAAAUGUAAUGCAUGUGUUAUGCAUAUUAGUUGUUUCACUGUAGUGGUUGUUAUGUAUGAUUCAUGAGGUAGGCUUCUUUAAUCAUACUGCUGUAUAUGAUCAUGUGUGUGUCGGUUGCAGGUCAAAUGAACACAAUGCAAAUGCUGUCAAGCCAUGGAUCCAGUUCGGGUCUGUCAAAGAAACGCUGGCUAAAAAUGUUAAAACAGCCCUCUGUGUGGUACAGCUCAAAUUUUGCAUAUGUUGAUUGUGGACAUAAUACAGUAUGGCACAUGGAUGUUAUGCAAAUGUGCUGCAACUUCUUGUUUUUACCUUGAUGUUGUCUGCUUGCCUAGCUCCACUGCUUUUUUUUUACUCUCUUGUUCUCUCUCUUUCACCUCUCUUCAGUGCCAUGGUCUUUGCUCACCUAUGCUUCAGCAGUACUAGUUACACAUUGAUGUCAUGGCUACCAACCUUUUUCAAAGAUACAUAUCCGCACGCCAAGGUAUUAAACCUUUAUCUCUUCUGCCACUUUCUUUACCUUAUCCAAAAAGCAUGUCUUACCUAUAUAAUAAUAAAUAGUCUAUCCAUUGCAAUUUAGUGUAAUCUGUAUUGUAACUCAUACUUAUAAUCUAUUUUAUUCCAGGGAUGGGUGUGUAACGUAAUUCCAUGGUUGGUUGCAAUCCCAUCUGCGCUCUUUGGAGGCAUAAUUUCGGAUCAAUUAAUUCAGCAAGGUAUAAGAAUGACACAGAUUAGAGCACAACGUUUGUUUGAUUGUUUGUUUUGCUGCUUCCUUAGUAAGCUAUUGAAGCCAUUUCAUAGUAACAUACAGUUUUUUGUUCUAGGAUUUGGAACAGCAUCUGUUAGGAAGAUGAUGCAGGUAAGUUUAUCUGGUUUUGAAUCAUUAACUUAUAUUCUUGUGUAACUGAACACAAUAUUCAGUGUUUUGUGGACAGAGAGAAAGUACAGGUAUGCAUAAGAGGUUUGUUCAGACAGGUUAGAGCUCCCCAUUUUCAUGCCAGACAAGGCAAUCAUACAUAUCCUUGGGGCUCAGGCAAUUAUUUCCCCUGACUAACAUACAGUGGGGUCUGAAAUUAUUGACACCCUUGAUAAAGAUGAGCAAUAAUGACUGUAUAAAAAUAAAUCAUGAAAAAACUGAGCUAUAUUGUAUGCUCAAAGAAAUUGGGAAAUUAUAUUAUUUUAUACUAAUACAAUUGCUCAGAGAAAGAGAUUUUGUUUCACAAGUAAUACUUCUUUUUCUCAAAAAGGUAGGAGUCAAAAUUAUUGACACCCUUAAAGAUUCUUAUAAAUGAAGUAGUCAAAAGUUUAGUAUUUGUUCCCAAAUUCCUAGCAUGCAAUGACUACAUCAAGCUUGUGACUCUACAAACUUUUUGGAUGCAUUUGCAGUUAGUUUCGGUUGUGUUUCAGAUUAUUUUGUACCCAAUAGAAAUUAAUUGUAAAAAUGUAUUGAGUCACUUUUAUUGUAAAUAAGAAUAUAAUGUUUCUAAACACUUCUACAUUAAUGUGGACGAUACCAUGAUAACGGAUAAUCCUGAAAGAAUCGUGAAUAAUGAUGAUUGAGAAAUUUACAGAGGGUCAAAGAUCAUACCCCCAAGACAUUCUAACCUCUCAACAUUAUCAAUAACAGGGGAGAUUAGCAUGUCUUAUCUUUGACCCUCUGUAACUUUCUCACUCAUCAUUAUUCACGAUUCAUUCAGAAUUAUCCGUAAUCAUGGUAGCAUCAUCCAUUCUAUAGAAACAGAUCAGGUUUUGAAUAAUGUAGCACUGAUUCCCAACAUAUGGAAAUUCCUCACAGGGAAUUUCACCACCAACAGAUACUGUAUGCAUGUUUCUGUCAAGUGUUGAUAUCUUUGAAGCAUUUAUCUUAUGUCCUCCUUGGGAUUGGGAGUAGAUAAUCGGUGGGAUGCACACACUUUCUGUUUUCAUUUUAGCCAGAAGAGUGUCUAUGGUGGUCAACAUGAUCAAUAACAGGGGAGGUUAGCAUGUCUUAUCUCAUUAUUCACGAUUCAUUCAGGACUAUCUGGAAUCAUGGUAGCAUCCACAUGAAUGUAGAAGUGUUUAGAAACAUUAUAUUCUUAUUUACAAUAAAAGUGACUCAAUAAUGACACAAUACAUUAUUUACCAUUCAUUUCUAUUGGGCACAAAAUAAUCUGAAACACAACCAAAACAAACUGCAAAUGGAUCCAACAAGUAGAGUAGAGUCACAAGCUAGAUGUAGUCAUUGCGUGCUAGGAAUAUGCGACCAAAUACUAAACUUUUGACUACUUUACUUAUAAGAAUUUUUUAUGUCAAUCAUUUAGAUCCCUACGUUUUUGAGAAAAUAUUACCUGUUAAACAAAAUAUUUUUCUCUGAGCAAUUAUGUUAGUCAGUAUUUGAAUUAUUUAUUUAAUACAGUCAUUGUUGCUCAUCUUUGUCAACGGUGUCAAUAAUCAGACAUAACUGAAUUAGCUACAGUAUCUCUUGAAAUGGGGAAUUUAAAGUUAAAGUGGCUCCAGUCUCUUUUUCACCUCAUUUAACACCUGAUUUACAUUACAAAAGGCACAUCUCAAUAUGUGGUCCUGGCAAGUCAUGACAUACAGUGGGGGAAAAAAGUAUUUAGUCAGCCAUCAAUUGUGCAAGUUCUCCCACUUAAAAAGAUGAGAGAGGCCUGUAAUUUUCAUCAUAGGUACAGGUCAACUAUGACAGACACAUUGAGGAAAAGAAAUCCAGAAAAUCACAUUGUAGGAUUUUUUAUGAAUUUAGUUGCAAAUUAUGGUGGAAAAUAAGUAUUUGGUCACCUACAAACAAGCAAGAUUUCUGGCUCUCACAGACCUGUAACUUCUUCGUUAAGAGGCUCCUCUGUCCUCCAUUAGUUACCUGUAUUAAUGGCACCUGUUUGAACUUGUUAUCAAUAUAAAAUACACCUGUCCACAACCUCAAACAGUCACACUCCAAACUCCACUAUGGCCAAGUCCAAAGAGCUGUCAAAGGACACCAGAAACAAAAUUGUAGACCUGCACCAGGCUGGGAAGACUGAAUCUGCAAUAGGUAAGCAGCUUGGUUUGAAGAAAUCAACUGUGAGAGCAAUUAUUAGGAAAUGGAAGACAUACAAGACCACUGAUAAUCACAAGAACGGUGAGCAAAAAUCCCAGAACCACACGGGGGGACCUAGUAAAUGACCUGCAGAGAGCUGGGACCAAAGUAACAAAGCCUACCAUCAGUAACACACUACGCCGCCAGGGACUCAAAUCCUACAGUGCCAGACGUGUCCCCCUGCUUAAGCCAGUACAUGUCCAGGCCCGUCUGAAGUUUGCUAGAGUCCAUUUGAAUGAUCCAGAAGAGGAUUGGGAGAAUGUCAUAUGGUCAGAUGAAACCAAAAUAGAACUUUUUGGUAAAAACUCAACUCGUCGUGUUUGGAGGACAAAGAAUGCUGAGUUGCAUCCUAAGAACACCAUACCUACUGUGAAGCAUGGGGGUGGAAACAUCAUGCUUUGGGGCUGUUUUUCUGCAAAGGGACCAGGACGACUGAUCCGUGUAAAGGAAAGAAUGAAUGGGGCCAUGUAUCGUGAGAUUUUGAGUGAAAACCUCCUUCCAUCAGCAAGGGCAUUGAAGAUGAAACGUGGCUGGGUCUUUCAGCAUGACAAUGAUCCCAAACACACCACCCGGGCAACGAAGGAGUGGCUUCGUAAGAAGCAUUUCAAGGUCCUGGAGUGGCCUAGCCAGUCUCCAGAUCUCAACCCCAUAGAACAUCUUUGGAGGGAGUUGAAAGUCUGUGUUGCCCAGCGACAGCCCCAAAACAUCACUGCUCUAGAGGAGAUCUGCAUGGAGGAAUGGGCCAAAAUACCAGCAACAGUGUGUGAAAACCUUGUGAAGACUUACAGAAAACGUUUGAUCUGCCAACAAAGGGUAUAAAACAAAGUAUUGAGAAACUUUUGUUAUUGACCAAAUACUUAUUUUCCACCAUCAUUUGCAAAUAAAUUCAUAAAAAAUCCUACAAUGUAAUUUUCUGGAUUUCUUUUUCUCAUUUUGUCUGACAUAGUUGACGUGUACCUAUGAUGAAAAUUACAGGCCUCUCUCAUCUUUUUAAGUGGGAGAACUUGCACAAUUGGUGGCUGACUAAAUACUUUUUUUCCCCACUGUAGCACAAGAGACGGGUGGGCUUUUCCUCUUUCUCUAUUGUUCCCAUCAAAAUAACUCCUUGAAUGCCCUACUCCUUGAAGUUUGCAUUUGUGUCAAAAAAACACUAUUUUGCUCAAAAUGUAUUUUUUUUUACACUUUAAUGUGCGUACUUUACUGUAUUUAUACUUUGGAUAUCGCUUUUCCACAGGAGAAGUUCACAAAUCGCUGGAGGACGUAUUUAAAUAAGUAGAUUAUUCUCCGUUACAUCCUCUCUCUCUAGUGAUCAGUGUGUUUCUCUCUCCUCAUACAGUUCAUGUCCAUGGGUGUGUCCAGUGUGUUUAUCCUGCUACUCUGCAGGCCACUCUCCUUCCCUUCCGCUGUGGUCUUUGUCUCCGCUGCUAUGGGCCUGGCCACCUUCAACAGCAGGUCUGUUUCUGUGUGCUUUCAUGUAACAUUAUUCAAUCCACAUAAUAGAGGUACACCUGUACAUACACAUGUAGGGUAACUUCUCAUCCAGUAAUAGAGGUAUUAGUAUACUAACCCAUUGCCAUUGUCCCCAUGCCCUAGUGGUGUGUCUGUGAAUGUACAAGACCUCGCCCCAUCGUGUGCUGGAGCCAUGUUUGGUCAGUUUGUUCAUCUCUUUAUGUCAACAAAUGUCUUUGGGUAUCAUUGUCUUUCCAUUCCAUCUGUUCCAUUUUGAUUGACAAACAAAUAUGUUCACAAAAAUGUAUAUUUUCUUUCUUUUUUUUUAACAGGAUUUAUGAAUAUGUGUGGGGCUUUCACAGGUAGGCAUUAGAUAUCAAGCCCCCAUGUAUACUGUACAUCAGAAUGAUAUAUAAUGUUCACGGUUAAGUGUAUUAAAGGCCUAUGUACUGUAUUUGACUGUGUAAAAGAGACCAGUUUGUGUAUCCUACAGGUCUGGUGCUGGUCUACGUCUCUGGGUACCUGAUUGAGGUCACAGCUUCCUGGGCUUCCGUGUUCUCCCUCAUCACAAUGGUGAAUACCAUGGGCCUCGGAGCAUUCCUCAUGUUUGGUGAAGCCAACCGUGUGGACUUGUGGAAUUCGUCCAAAGUCACAUGUUUAUGA